GGCCUGCUCCGCCCCCAUGAAGGGCUCCCGCCCCGCCAGCCGGCCCGCCAGCACCCCCGAGGGCAGCUCAGAAGGCGUGGACCUCAGCCUGACGGGCCUCCCCCCGCCGGUGUCCUGGCGCCCCAACAGCGCCUCCACCACCAAGCCCAUCGCCCGCUUCUCCGUGGUCGCCGGCAGUGAGCCAAGGAGGAAGGCGCCGGAGGGGCCCGGGGGUUCCCGAACCGUCAACAACCUCCGCAGAUCCAACAGCACCACGCAGGUCCACCAGCCGCCGGCUAACCAGGCCUGGACCGGCGCCCCCAGGCCGGCCGAGAGCCCCCAUGUCCUGACGCUCUCUGAGGGCAGCCCCGGUGGGAAGAAGAGGGCGGCUGGUCUGAGCAAAACUCCCAGUGAGAAGGCAGCCACGUGGAACGUCCUGGAUGACCAGCCCAGGGCCUUUGCCUCGCCACCCGACUCCCGGAGCCCUAGCACCGUCGGUGCGCCCGUGGGCCCCCGGAGGAGAGAGUGCACCGUACCCCUGGCCCCGAGCUUCACUGCCAACAACAGGAGCAAUAAGGGCACCGUGGGCAACUGCGUCACCACCAUGGUGCACAACCACUACACGCCCCCAGAGAGGGCGCCGCCCCCCAAGAGCUCUAACCACACAGCUCCUUCCCUCAACAACAUCCUCAAGGCGGCCACCGGGGCUGGGGGCAGCGGCAGCUUCGGGAAGCCGCACGGGGACCAGGCCGGCAGCAAGCAUGUGGCCCAGAACAACACAGGGGGCGCCCCGGGCCCGCUCAGACGGAAGGAGGUGACAGAGGAGGAGGCCGAGAGGUUUAUCCACCAGGUGAACCGGGCAGCUGUCACCAUCCAGCGAUGGUACCGCCACCAGGUGCAGCGGCGCCAAGCCAGAGCUGCCCGCCUAGAGCACCUGCCAGCAUCCAACCAAGAGGAGCAGCGGCGGCAGCUGGGAGGGGACAGCCUCCUGGACCAGCACCAGAAGAAGGAGGCGGCCAGGAGGAAGGCCCGGGAGGAGAAGGCACGCCAGGCCAGGCGAGCGGCCAUUCAGGAGCUGCAGCAGAAGCGAGCCCAGAAGUCAGGUGACCCCGAGCUGAAGGAGGCCUGGGGGCCAGAGAAGCCCCGGCCUGCCCAGGAGCUGCCCCCAAGGCCGGGGGGCACCACCCACACCCCCCAGACCCACAAGGCCAACAAUGCCGGCGCUGGCUUCCCGACCGCGCGCCCAGAGGAGCCCUGCCAGUCCGCCUCCCCUUCAUCUCCGGAGCCCCAGCAGUUGGCAGAGGACAAGCCUCAGGAUGCCAGCGCCCAGGGCAUGCCUGGUGAGGAUCUGGAGGUGGGGGGCCCUGCCCAGAGCAGGGCCAAGUCCAGGGUGACACUGGACGAGCUGCUAGACACACUGAAGCUGCUGGAAGAGGAGCCCGAGCCGCUGCCCCGUCCCAGGGCCUACCGCAAGGACAAGUACUCCUGGACGGAUGAGGAGGACGAUGCCAGCAACCUGACAGCUGACAACCUGGAGAGAUUUGGGAAGCUCAGCACGUGCGACGGUCCCUCCGAAGACGGGACCCUGCUCUCUGAGGCCAAGCUGCAGAGCAUCAUGAGCUUUCUGCACGAGAUGGAGAUGGAGCAGUUAGGGCAGGACCGGCCGGCCUCGGCCCCCCAGGGGCUGGCGCUGGAGGACGGGCGCCCGGAGCCCGGGUCCACGGUGAGCACAUCUGUGAUGCGGCUGAAACUGGAGGUGGAGGAGAAGAAGCAGGCGGUGGGGCUGCUGCAGAGAGCGCUGAUGCAGCAGCGGGACCUCACCGUCCGGCGGGUCAAGGAGACCGAGAAGGAGCUGGGCCGGCAGCUGCGGCAGCAGAGGGACCACUACGAGGCCACCAUCCAGCGGCACCUGUCCUUCAUCGACCAGUUGAUUGAGGACAAGAAGGCCCUGGCGGAGAGGUGUGAGGCUGUGGUGGCCGAGCUGAAGCAGAGGGACCAGAGGCGCAAGGACAGGGAGGCCCAGGUGCAGGAGCAGCACGAGCUGGAAAUCAAGAAACUCAAGGAACUAAUGAGUGCCACCGAGAAAGUCCGCAGGGAGAAGUGGAUCAACGAGAAAACCCGAAAAAUCAAGGAGAUUACAGUCCGAGGACUGGAGCCUGAGAUCCAGAAGCUGAUCGCCAGGCACAAGCAGGAGGUGAAGAAGCUCAAGAGCGUGCACGAGGCGGAGCUGCUGCAGGCGGACGCGCGGGCGGCCCAGCGCUGCGCUCGCCAGGUGGAGGAGCUUCGGGAGCAGCUGGAGCGCGAGAAGGAGGCGCUGGGCCAGCAGGAGCGGGAGCGCGCACAGCAGCGCUUCGAGCAGCACGUGGAGCAGGAGCAGCGGGCUCUGCAGCAGCAGCGGCGGCGGCUCUACGGCGAGGUGGCCGAGGAGAAGGAGCGGCUGGGCCAGCAGGCAGCCAGGCAGCGGGCGGAGCUGGAGGAGCUGAGGCGGCAGCUGGAGGAGAGCAGUGCGGCUGAGGGCCGGGCUCUCAGGGCCGAGUUCGAGAAGGGCAGAGAGGAGCAGGAGCGCCGGCACCAGAUGGAGAUGAAGGCCCUGAAGGACCAGCUGGAGGCGGAAAGACAGAUGUGGGAGGCCAACUGCGCCAAGAAGGAGGAGGCAUGGCUGCUGACCCGGGAGCGGGAGCUGAGGGAAGAAGUCCGCAGGGGCCGGGACAAGGAGAUCGAGCUGGUCAUCCACCGGCUGGAGGCCGACAUGACGCGCGCCAGGGAGGAGAGCGAGAGGGCGGCGGAGAGCCGCGUGCAGCGCCUCCGGGACAAGUACGACGCGGAGCUCUCGGAGCUGGAGCAGUCGGAGCGGAAGCUGCAGGACCGGUGCACGGAGCUCAAGGGGCGGCUCGGGGAGGCGGAGGGCGAGGGCCUGCGGCUGCAGGGCCUGCUGCGGCACAAGGAGAAGGAGCUGGCCCGCGUGACGGCGGUCAACGAGCAGCUGGUGGGCGAGCGGAGCGGCCUGGCCGAGGUGCUGCGCCGGGAGUUUGCCGACCGGCUGGCCGCCUCCGAGGAGGACACCCGGGUUGCCAGAGCCGAGCUGGCCGAGCUGCGGGCCCGCCAGCGGCUGGAGCUGGAGCAGCUCUCGCGGGAGAAGCAGGCGGAGCUGGAGGAGGUGCACCAGAGGGUGAAGCUGGCCCUGACGAAGAAGGAGGAGGCCGUGCGCAGCCUCCGAAAACAGCAUGAGGCCGCGGUGAAGCGGGCCGACCACCUGGAAGAGCUGUUGGAGCAGCGCAAGUGGCCGUUAUCGAGCGCCAAGUGACCACCGCAGCCCGGAGGGGUCGACAGCAGCAGGGCGGGGGGUGCCUGGUGUGAGGCGGACCCCAGCCCGGCCCCAACCCCACCGACCCCUCUAUUCCUCCGCCCUGGGCUCCGGUCAUCCUGACGUUAGAGCACCAUGCCUGCAUUUUAACAGUAAAGAGGUGUUUUUCAUA